AUGGCGUCUCUUCACUCACUUCCUUACUUGGUUGCAUUGGCAACAACAUUCUCCAUUGUCAUUCUUUGUAGCUUAUCUCUCAUCGAGGCUUCCAAUGAAGGCUUUAGCGUGGAGCUAAUGCACCGCGAUUCUCCAAAAUCUCCCUUCUAUGACCCUUCUGAAACUCCCCAACAACGGUUAGCCAAUGCUUUGCGUCGUUCCGUUAACCGUGUCAAUCAUUUUAGGCCAACUUCUUCGUUCUCUACCAACGCAGUUGGUUCAGUAAUAGUCCCAGCUACUGGUGAAUACCUCAUGCAAUACGCUGUCGGUACACCGCCAGUCAAAGUGUUAGGAGUUUUUGACACGGGCAGUGAUUUGACUUGGCUACAAUGCGCGCCUUGCACUAAAUGCUACCAACAAACAGAUCCAAUUUUUGAUCCUGCAAAGUCAAGCACAUAUAAAACAAUUCCAUGCACUGCACCCCAAUGUAGGACUGUAUCAGGACAUUGCGUAGGCUCUACUAAUUGCGAAUAUACGAUGACAUAUGGCGAUGGAUCUACCUCUGGCGGAGACCUUGCUCUCGACACUGUCACACUAGGAUCAACUGCAAGAUUCCCUCAAACUCUCAUAGGAUGUGGACAUGAUAACACUGGACAUUUUAAUAAAAAAUCUUCUGGGAUUGUUGGCCUUGGAGGUAGCGCGACUUCUCUUGUUUCCCAAUUGGGUACUUCUAUUGCUGGCAAAUUCUCCUACUGCUUGGUUCCAUUUGACAAACCCGCUGCCACAAGCAAAUUGAAUUUUGGUACAAAUGCCGUGGUAUCAGGUCCUGGAGCCGUGACUACACCCCUAGCUACCAAUAAAGCUAACCCCUAUUACACCUUAAGACUUGAAGCAAUUAGUGUUGGCCCAACAAAAAUCACCUCGACUUCUGCCAAAGCAACAGGGGGCAAUAUUAUCAUUGAUUCAGGCACAACAUUGACAUUGUUGCCAUCAGACUUGUACACCGGUUUUGAAGCAGCAAUAAAAGCCCAAAUUAAAUUACGAGUCGUUAAUGACCCGCAGAAAACCUUCAGUCUUUGCUUCGACCACCCUGAAUCUACUUUUAAAGUUCCAACUAUCAUAGCUCAUUUCACCGGUGGUGCAGAUGUGACGCUGAGUGCGCCUUACACUUACGCUGGAGAUGAAACAAUUACGUGCAUGGCUUUCAUUCCUGCAGGUGACUCAGUCGCCAUUUUCGGUAACUUGGCCCAAGCUGAUCACUUGGUAGGCUAUGAUAUUGUCAAGAAAACUGUGUCCUUCAAGCCAACGGAUUGCACCAAGGCUUAA